UCAUUUCUCCAUUACUUUUUAUUAUUAUAAGACUUUCUCAUGUAUACAAAAGCAAGCAUGGAGACACUUGUGGUUUAGUUUCAAAAGAGUUCUGGUGGAAUUAACACAUUCGAGGGAGGGACCUUUCGAUACUGACACAAAAUGGACUUCUACUAUCUUCCUUUAUCGGCUCCUUGUCGUGCCGUCACCAUGACCGCCGAAGCGCUCGGCGUUAAAUUAAAUAAGAUAAAGUUAGAUUUGUUUGCAGGAGCUCAUCUGAAACCAGAGUUUCUUAAACUCAACCCACAACAUACAAUACCCACAUUGGUGGAUAAUGGCUUCUCUAUUUGGGAGUCACGUGCCAUAAUCAUCUAUUUGGUCGAAAAAUACGGUAAAAAUGAUUCGUUAUACCCGAAAUGCCCGAAGAAGCGCGCUCUCAUCAACCAACGUCUGUUCUUUGAUGCCGGCACAUUAUACCAGGCGUUCGUUAAUGCCUAUAUAGCAAAAUAUAUGUUUAAAAAGCCUAUAGAUGAUGAAAAGAUCAAUAAAAUUGAUACAGCUUUUGAGUUCUUGAACACUUUCCUCGAAGGACAUACUUAUGCUGCCGGCGAUACUUUGACUCUCGCUGAUCUCUCGUUGUUAGCAACAGUGUCAUCUUAUGAUGUUGCCAAAUACGAUUUCAGUAAAUAUGCCAAUGUGGCCAGAUGGUACGAGAAUUUGAAGAAAACUGCACCCGGUUGGGAAGAAAACUGGGCGGGCUGUAUAGAAUAUGGGGAAUUAAUGAACUAAAAUGUAUGUUUAUAUACAAUAGUGCGGUUCCAAAGCAUUUAUUGAUCAUCAUUAUAUCUUUAUGACUGUGUCGUAAUUAAAAUAAGAAAGUAUAGUGUUUUACUGAAA